ACUGGUCAUCUGGGAAGUAGAUCUCGCUGGGAACACAGACAUUCACGCAACGGUCUUCAAUCGCUGUUUGUAAACCAUAUUAAUAUUUCGAAGGGCUAAACUGCAGAAUAUCCAGACUUUCUUUUUGAGUCUUCAUUUCCUCUAAAAAGAGGACAAGAAAUUAAAAUUACAAUGGAUAAAGGGAGCACAUUUCAUACUGUGGUGACAGGGCAUACAGUAGUCACAAAUCCAAGCACAAGGCCUCAAUCAAAUGAUAUUUCAGAAGUGCAGACUCUGAGAGAACAUAAUAAAGGACUGAGAGCAGUGCUCAGGGAGAGGGAGAAGGAUUUAGAAAAUGAAAAUAAUAAGAUAACGUGGUUGCAAAGGCAUAUAAAAGAUCUGCAAAAUGAAUUAGAGGAGAUGAAGAAGAAAUUAUAUGAGAAAGUCAAUGAAUUAUCAAUCCUGAACACGCAACUUGAAUUGGAAGUCAUGAGGAACCACAGAGCAAAGGAAGCAAUAGAGAAAGUUGAAGCAGAGAUGGAAAGACUUAAGCAAGCAAGAAGAACAGUUGACAGGGACAUGGAUAUAGGCCAAGCACCUUCUGUGCCUACCAACUCACAAAAGGUUUCCAUUGGUGCCAUGGUGACAGGGCAAACAGUGAAUCAAUGGAGGGAACCGCAGGUUUUGAGAGAAGAAAAUGAAGCCUUAGAAGCAAAGCUCAGGGAGCUGGAGAAGAAUUUAAAAAUAAUAAUGGGAAUGAGAUUGAAGUUGCAAGGAGAAUGUGCCUAUCUGCAAGGAAAAUUUAAAUCAAGGAAGGACACAAAAUACAUGAAAGAGGUUGAAAUAUCGAGAGUAAAGCUAAGAAUCACAGAGGAAGCUACGAAGAACCGCAUACUAGAGGAAGAACUACAAAACAAAAAUAAAGAAUUACACAGAGUUAAAGAUUAUAUGACAAUAACUCAGCAUGCAAAAAGAACAGUUGAAGAGAACGAGGUUCAUGGCCAAAAGCAACAAAAUUGUAGCGAACAAGUCCGGCGCGGUGAAGUUCAGCUGGACAGGGUUGUUGGGAGAGGGGCCUAUGGAGAAGUUUGGAAAGGAAAGUUGCGUGGCAUCAAGGUUGCUGUAAAGAAACCUCGCGAAAAUUCAUCUGAAUGUCGCAAUCUCUUUGAGCAAGAAGUUACGAUUAUGUUUCAGCUUCGACACCCGAAUGUGGUGAAAUGUAUUGGUAAGAUAGAUGAUGAUGAUGGAUUACCGUGUAUAGUCCUAGAAUAUGCCGACGGCACCCUCGGAGAACUUUUGAAAGAGAGGCCAUUGACACAUCUUGAAGUAUUCUCCUUUGGUCUUGAUGCAGGUCGUGGCCUCUUAUAUCUACACACUCGUCGUCCGGUUCCGAUUCUUCAUCGGGAUCUUCAUCCCGGUAACCUACUCUUCUUCCUAAUCGCCAAACUCCCAGGUAGAAUGCUUAAGCUUUGCGACUUUGGUACCGCAAAUUUUUUGCGCAAAACCAUGACACCUGACCAAGGAACACCAUGGCUCAAUGCCCCUGAGGCAAAAACGCAGCACUACACAACAAAAGCUGACGUGUAUAGCUUUGGGCUGCUACUGUUAAUGUUGAUUAUCAGAGUCUGGCCUAAGUCGGAAAACCUAACAUGUCAGGUGCAAAAAGUAUUCGAUACUUCCCUGCAAGAACUGAUAAAAGAGUGCACAGCACAAAACCCAGAGUUACGACCAGACAUGCGUAAAGUGGUUUACAAGCUGAUGAGAAUGAAAUCUGGUGCAGUUAGAGCACAUUUAAGAAACCGAGAGGAAAAGUAUAAAGUCACUGAAAACAAGCUUCAGUAG